AUGCAUUACAUUAACAAGAUUCUUCACUUCUGCGUCGCUCUUCAUGUCGUCUUUCAGGGCGCGUCCGGUGCGAUCCUCCGCGGACGGACUAGCGAUGCUGAUUCGGUUCAGGUUCCACCAAGCAACCUCGAUUCAUUCACUUCAGCUGCCGAGGACCUCGACAAUCAGCUAGACAGUUUUCUGAGGAAGUGGGGUGGUGGCCAUCGCAAACCCGACAUUGUUGAAAUUGCGAACAUGGCGAAGAGGCAAGCCGGCGGUAUCCAGAUCGCCUCGGAGGACCUCCAGGACCUUCUGAGGCUUAUUCAGUCUAUCGAGCGGCAGCUUUCGGCAAUCAUUGCGUCCGGAGGCAGUUCGGCGAGUGGAACUGUUGUGUCGUCGCCUGUAUCCAACACGGUCAGCAACACGGUCAGCAACACGGUCAGCAACACGGUCAGCAACACAGGCCCGGUCAGUUCGCCGCCAGCGCCGUCAAACGAGCAGUUGACCGACACUGGAACCAACCCAGCCGUCACCAGUGUAAGUGCUCCUACCCCCAGCCCCUUUCUGACAACCAGUGGUGCAGGCAAUAGUGAAUCCCUUACCACGGCAUAUGCAACAUCAGUUAUGACUACUACGCGAUGCAAAACAACAGUCACUCGAACUUACACUACAUAUGUGUAUGAGGAUGGUCCCUCAGCGGCGCCCCGAGCCGUUCGGGCUGUUGUCGAGGGCGACGACGAGAUCGGUGGUCCAGACCCCAGCCCAACGCAGGAUCUUGAGCAAGACGACGACUGGGAGCCUUGGGUCGAGUUUGACGGAACGACGGGUGACGAGGACGGCUCCGAUGUUGGAUUCACUACACGCGACACCUGGACCUCCUUGGGAGUGUCGCGUCGUGCUCCCGGAGGUGUUUCCUCCCACGCCGAAGCCCUCUUCGCUCGUGACGAAGAAAGCCCUUGA